AUGCCUAGGAGCAAGUACUUGAUUUCCAACACGUCUGUUGAAUGGGGUGAGAGGCUAUGCAUAUUGGGGACUGGGUGGUUGCACAUGGAUUUGGAUGGAAAGAGCGGUUUGAAGCAUGUGCGUGAUUUCCAAGACGUCUGUAGAAUGGGGAGCAAGUGCGUGAUUUGCAAGAACUCUGUAGAAUGGGGUGAGAGGCUAUGCAUAUUGGGGACUGGGUUGCCGCACAUGGAUUUGGAUGGAAAGAUCGGUGCUCAUGCCGGGACGUUUCAGUGUAGCUUGGUUUGGGUUCAGGAGCAAGUGCGUGAUUUCCACGAAGUCUGUAGAAUGGGGAGCAACUACGCGAUUUUCAACAAUGCUGUACAAAGCGUUGUGAAAGCAGGCAUGCGUCUGACUGGGGCAGCUGACGGG